GGUUGCGUUUCUUGUCUCUCGUUUGCUUCGACGUUCGACUGAUCGGUGGACUUGUUCUUGACCUUGGGUUUGACGGUAAUCACAUAAGUCUGGCAAGAUGAGGGGGCUUUUGGCUGCUCUUGCGGUUUCUUUGGCCGUCGCCGAUGCUCAUCGCACCAGGCGGUGUCGGAAGAGGCCGUCUUCUCUCAUAUCAGGUACUUCGACGGCAUUCACCAUUCCUUACUCGACGACAAGUCUUGGAGUGAGUACGUCUGCAAGCACGGUAUUGACAGUCUCCUCGAGCGCCGAGCCUUCGGUUUCGUCGUCCACACAGGACUAUUCAUUCGCUUCGUCUUCUUCAACUGUUUCCUUCUCGUCAUCGAUUGAAAGCCCUACUCCGGCGACGUCGUCUACGUCUGUAGAGAUUCAGCCCUCGUCCUCGACCAGUGAGGGGAUCCCGACGUCAAGUGGUCCUGCUGAGUCGCCGUCUUCCUCGUCGGAGGCUGCUUCGCCCUCGGGCACUUACACUCCUUCUGAAACGCCUUCUUCUUCUUCUUUGUCGUCGUCGUCAUCGUCGUCGGUUGAGGAGACUCCCUCGUCGACUCCUGGGUCGACUUCUGAGAGCUCGUCGGAGACGCCUACCCCGACGCCCACGCCCACGCCUGAGCCUACACCUACACCAAGCCCGGAGCCUAGUUCUGAGAGCUCGUCGGAGACGCCCACGCCUACACCUGAGCCUACGCCGGAACCUACUCCGACCCCUGAGCCUACUCCUACACCCUCUCCAGAGCCAACUUUGGAGAGCUCGUCGGAGACGCCCACGCCUACUCCGACUCCAAGUCCGGAGCCUAGUUCAGAGACCCCGACACCCACUCCUGAGCCUACGCCUGAACCUACUCCAGAGCCAACACCGGAGCCUACCCCGACUCCUGAGCCAUCGUCUGAGAGCCCCUCGGAGACACCGACUCCUACACCGGAGCCUACUCCAACUCCAAGCCCCGAGCCUAGUUCAGAGACCCCGACACCCACUCCUGAGCCUACGCCUGAACCUACUCCAGAGCCUACUCCAGAGCCCAGUUCAGAGACUCCGACACCCACUCCUGAGCCCACUCCAGAGCCUACUCCAACUCCUGAGCUAACCUCAGAGAGCUCGUCGGAGACACCAACGCCCACUCCAGAGCCUACUCCAACUCCAAGCCCGGAGCCUAGUUCAGAGACACCGACCCCUACGCCGGAGCCUACACCUGAGCCUACUCCCGAGCCUACUCCAGAACCCAGUUCAGAGACACCAACACCCACUCCUGAGCCCACGCCUGAACCUACUCCAGAACCCAGUUCAGAGACACCCACUCCAACACCAGAACCAAAACCAAGUUCAGAGACCCCAACGCCUACGCCUGAGCCCACGCCUGAACCUACUCCGGAACCCAGUUCAGAGACACCCACUCCGACUCCUGAACCUACACCUGAGCCUACUCCAGAACCUAGUUCCGAGACUCCAACUCCAACUCCAGAGCCUACUCCAGAACCCAGCUCAGAGACACCGACUCCUACCCCUACUCCAGAGCCUACCCCGGAGCCUAGUUCAGAGACCCCAACACCCACGCCGGAGUCAAGUUCAGAGACCCCGACUCCGACUCCUGAGCCUACACCUGAGCCUACUCCAGAACCCAAGCCAACUUCUGAGACUCCUACUCCGACUCCAGAGCCUACCUCAGAGACACCCACUCCGACUCCGACUCCAGAGCCGACUUCAGAGACUCCCACUCCCACACCGACUCCAGAGCCUACCUCAGAGACCCCAACGCCUACGCCAACGCCUACCCCGACGUACACUCCCCUUCCACCUGGCGUCAACGUAAUCAGGAAUGCUGGAUUCGAAGACAUCACUGCCGUAGGUGUCAACGGCAGAAUGGCAAACUGGCAGUUCACGGGCCGUGUCUACCCUAACCGCCUAACGCAGGCGUCCCACAGCGGGCAAUGUUACGCGUAAGUCUUACCACUCAGAACCCCAUCCACAAGCUCAACCCCUCUAACCAACAUCCGCAGUAUCAUGUCCUACGUGGCCAGCUCCAACACGCCAUUGACACUGUUCCAGUCGGUCACCGGAUUCGACACAACGCGUCCAUACAUCAUCUCCUUCUACCUGAAUCUCUACAGCCUCAGUCAAGCUCGUUCUUGCACGCUGAAGGUCCUGUUCGGCGAUGUCGAGGUCUAUACGAGGGUUCUCACCGCUGCCGAUGGCCCGCGGGUGCAGAACUGGAAGGGUCCGGAGACGACUGUGCCAGUGAUCCCGACGUCGCCAGACCAGACUGUCAAGUUCGCAUACGAUUGUAUUCCAACUGGCACCGGGAGCGCCUCUAGUGCGCUCUUCUUGGACGAUGUGUCCAUGGCUUCUAUUUAAGUGCGCUUUUAUGGCAGCUCUGCGCUGGUUCGAGGAAUGUGUUAGUAGA